AUGAUAAUAUAAAAAAGCGCACUAAAUGAGAAAAGCAGCGAAAAAUUCACACUACCCUUUUUGAAUUAUGUUUGGAGAAUGGAAUGGUGGGAUCAUAAUAGCAAAAUGCGCACUAUAUGAGAAAAGCACCUAAUAACCAAAAUCAACCAAACAACACUCCGCUUGUGGGCCAUCUCCGCCAUAGCUAUUGCACAAUUUCUCUUUCAUCAAUAUUUUUGGAACAUUGCUCUGUUUCCAUGAUAAUAGAGUCUUCUGGGUUUUAUUUUUUUACUUGUGGUUUAAAUAAAUUUGGUUUGCUUUGGCUGUCUUUCUGGUUUUUGGCUCUGUGAUGGGGAAUUGUUGGUGUAAGUGGGAGCCUACCAUAUACAAAAAUCCCAAAUCAGAGUCUCCCAAGGAGCAAGAGAGAGAAAGGAGGGAAGGUAGUAAGUUGCCCUCAAACCCGGAAGAAGUAGAAGACCUACGUGGCGGUGAUUCUGCAGCAAAUCCAUUAAUAGCAUUCACAUUCGAAGAGUUGAAGAUUAUCACUGCAAAUUUCAGGCAAGACCGUGUGUUGGGUGGAGGAGGUUUCGGAAACGUUUACAAAGGCUUCAUCCCCGAGGACUUGAGGGAGGAUCUUCAGAUUCAGCCCCUUCCUCUUCCCGUUGCUGUAAAAGUUCAUGACGGUGAUAACAGUUAUCAAGGUCACCGAGAAUGGCUGGCGGAGGUCAUAUUUCUGGGGCAGCUGUCGCAUCCGAAUUUGGUGAAACUAAUUGGAUACUGCUGCCAAGAUGACCAUCGGGUACUUAUAUACGAGUAUAUGCCUCGUGGUAGUGUGGAAAACAAUCUUUUUUCAAGAGUAUUGCUUCCCCUUCCGUGGUCAACUAGAAUGAAAAUCGCAUUGGGUGCUGCAAAAGGACUCGCCUUUCUCCAUGAAGCAGACAAACCCGUCAUCUACCGCGAUUUUAAGACUUCUAAUAUUCUACUUGACCUGGAUUACAACGCCAAGCUCUCUGAUUUUGGCCUAGCGAAAGAUGGACCCGAGGGAGACAAAUCUCACGUCUCGACUCGCAUAAUGGGUACAUAUGGAUAUGCAGCACCUGAGUACAUCAUGACUGGACAUUUGAGUCCUCGCAGCGAUGUGUACAGCUUCGGUGUUGUCCUUCUGGAACUGCUUACAGGAAGGAAAUCUCUGGACAAAUCACGGCCAGCCCGCGAACAAAACCUUACAGAUUGGGCUCUUCCUCUACUUAAAGAGAAGAAGAAGUUACUGAACAUAGUAGAUCCUAGAUUACAAGGAGAUUUCCCCACCAAAGCCUUUCACAAAGCUGCCAUGCUAGCUUAUCACUGCCUCAACCGGAACCCCAAAGCAAGGCCUCUCAUGCGAGAUAUAGUUGAUUCCUUGGACCCUCUUCAGCUUUCUCACCCACUUCCCAUAGAAAAAACUAUCGUCACCGUCUCUACUGAGGCAGCUUCUUAUUCAUUUGUUGCUUACAUGGAUGAAUCUAGUGAGCAUAUUGUUUGUGGGAAGCCAUAUAAUGGAAUACAAUAACAUACAAUUCUUUU